AUGACUCGGAUUGCAGAACACAAACUAUCAUGACUGUCUACUCCGAGUCAGUGACACUAUUCCUGCUAUGCACCGUCAUUAUGAUGUGUGCAAAAAUCAUCAUGAGCUUUUCUAAAAGAAACAUCUAUAAAUUUCCCCCAGGACCGACUCCUCUGCCUAUUAUUGGGAACUUGCACAUCAUGGAUCUUUACAGACCAGAUUACACUUUUAUGGAGCUUGCAAAAAAAUAUGGCACAUUCUUCACCUUCCAUUUUGGACCUGUAAAAGCUGUGGUUCUGGUUGGAUAUGAAGCCAAUAAAGAAGCCCUGGUGAAAUCUAACUAUGAUUUUGGAGAACGUGGAGUGAUCCGUAUUACUGAAGACUUUCAGCACAACCAUGGAGUAUUCUUUUCCACUGGGGAAGGAUGGAAAAUGACCAGAAGAUUUACACUUUCAAUUCUACGUGAUCUUGGGAUGGGGAAAUCACCCAUUGAAGGCAGAAUUAUUGAGGAGCUACAAUAUUUGAAUGAAUUCAUCAAGUCUCACAAUGGUCAACCUUUUGAGAAAAAAGUAUUGUAUAGCGGUCCCCCAAACAUAACUUUUUGGAUUUUAUUUGGAAGACGUUUUGACUACGAUAACCCAACUUUCCAGAAGAUGGUGACCAUAAUAGAUGAUCUUGUUGUUCUCACUGGUAGCCCUCCUAUUAAGUUCUACAAUGUAUUUGGCAUACUGAAAUACUUCUUGAAAGCACCCCACACCGUUGUAAAGAAAAUUGAACAGCUAAAUGAAAUUUUGAGAGUACUCUACAAAGAAGCAAGGGAAGCUAAAUGUGACGAAUCUUUCAGGACUUAUGGCGAAGCCUUCAUACAUAAAGCUGAAAGGGAAAAAAUAACAGAUGAAAAAGAGAAGAUCUUCACAGAAGAGAACUUGCUGGCUUGCACGUUUGACCUCAUGCUUGGUGGCACAGAAACCACGGCCACUACACUGCAGUGGGGCAUCUUGCUCAUGAUGAAAUAUCCCAACAUACAAAAAAGAGUUCAGGAUGAAAUUAAAAAUGUGAUAGGACUGGAUCGCCCCCCCAGGUGGGAAGACCAGAAAAUCCUUCCAUACUGCUUGGCAGUAGCGCAUGAAAUUCAAAGGUUUGGUAACAUCAUUCCUUUCUUACCACAUGCCACACCCACAGAUGUUUACUUCAGAGGCUACUUUAUACCUAAGAGCUGUAGUCUACUUUCUGUUCUUUCUCCAAAUUCCUACUGCGGCCUGUGAGCUCAUGGGAUGGGACUGGCAGCUUUCCUGAAGAUUUAAAGAGACAGUGGGUUUGUUAGCUAUUUGCCUCUACUGCUACCAAUGAAAAUCCAGGUUGAGAGGAAUAAAUCUACAAAUUCAAUGUGAACCAUGACAGUCUACCCUGGCUAUGAAUUUGGAGAGUAAACCAUCACAAUGGGAGCUACAUCAGCACUUUGUGGUUGAGCAGAGAAGCAAAAAGACAACCAAUCACAGAUUGUGCAAUUUCUGCAGAGCCCUUUUCAGAAGUAAUUUCAGACAGUUUAGUCUCUAUGCUGCUAAGUUACCAGCUUCUCUAGUUGCUACCACCUCUUCUAAAUUCUGGAUACCUGCUCCACCAAAAUACAAUAUGGAUCCCAGUAAACAAUGGAGUUUGACCUGCUACCUGGGAACUUUUGGCUCAGAGGCAAAAGUGGCUUUCUUUACUUCCCAUCUUUCCAUUCAAGUCAUAGCAUGGUCCUCUUCAUUGUGAGGCAAUAUGAUUCUCUUCUUUAUAAUUGCAGUUCUUUUCUCAAAGUUUUCAAAUUGAGCCAGGUGGUAUCUCCUCAGCUGAUGCUCAGUGUGUUAAUACGCUGUGCAGUUCCAAGCACUGGCAUCCUAGCUGAUGUGGAACUGAAUUAGGCACUGUCAACACAUUUCUGUAAGGACUUGGAUGAAUUGGUCUCUCAGGAAUUUUCAUCUUCACUGGAUUAUCUUAUUUCCCUUUUCAAUAAGAUUAAUAUUUGUGUCCAAAUAAGGGAACUGUCCUGUUGUCCUACAGUAAAUUUAUACCUUGUUUUCAGGCCCUGUAGCAUCUGUAGAUGAGCCCAGCGCCGUAACUACGUGUGUGCCAAGGGGGCUUGGCACACAGCGCAGUUGCCCUGAGGGCGCAACG